AUGACACCUGAAGUCGAGUAUUUAUUGUCCCUCGAAGCCGUUCGUGAGAGAUCUAGGAUCGUUUUCAAGGCUGCUCAAAAGGAUCAGCUUUCUCAUUUCGACUAUCACGCCUCCAAGUUGCCCGAAGCUGCGGCCUUCGUGACUUCCGUGAUUAAUCGUGACUUUGGGCCGGACAAUUUUGAAUCCAUUCCUCCUCAUGGCCGCUGGCAACACUUCAAUGUUGGCGGAGUUCCCAGGAUUGAUGAUCUCAAUCGUCAAUGGAAACAUGAAGGGUACAGUGCGAAACAGCAAGCUCAAAGAUUGAUCGACUUGUUCGUUGUAUCCGUUCUCCUGGACGCAGGUGCAGGUGACAAAUGGAAGUUCGUGGAACCUGGAUCUGGACAGGUCUACACGAGAAGCGAGGGUAUUGCAGUGGCAAGUCUUUAUAUGUUCCUGGAAGGCACUUUCUCGACGACAGAGGGUUGCGAUCAUAUGGUUGACGGUGAGCUUUGCUGCAGAACAUUUAUAUGCAUAAGGCUAAUUGUUGGCNNAGCCAAGGGACUGCAACGUAUCAACGAAGAAACACUGAUAAAAGGCUUUCAAAUUACUCCAGACAACCCUAUGGUUGGUGUGGGUUCUCGCGCGCAGUUGCUUUCUCGUCUUGGCGACUCUUUACUCGAGCACUCUGAUAUCUUUGGUCCUGAAGGACGACCUGGCAAUCUUGUCGACCACGUCAUCCAGACAGCAGAACCUGGGAGCAAAGUGUUAGACUACCGCGUGUUCUGGAUGACACUACAGAAACUUCUGAUCCCUAUCUGGCCUAAGGAUAGAACACAGAUCGACGGUACAUCUAUUGGUGACGCCUGGCCUCUGGCAGUUCUCGAAAAGCAGAACGGCGGCCAGGACAUCAAAAAGCACAUUCAACCCUUCCACAAACUUACGCAGUGGCUUGCUUACUCGCUCAUGGUUCCCUUCGUCAAUAUCAUGCGAUGCUCCUGGCGUAAUGCAGAGCUCGGCACUGGCCUUCCCGAAUAUCGCAACGGCGGCCUCUUCGUAGAUCUCGGGGUACUGACUCUCAAGCCUGAGGCUCUAGAACGUGGCCAACGCGCUUCCGGACAAGAAUUACCUAUGUUCAAAGAUAGCGGCGAUGAGAUCGUUGAGUGGAGAGCUUUGACAGUGGCCCUUCUGGACGAAGUGUACGCUAUUAUCAAGAAGGAUAUGGAUGAGCAAGGCGUGCAAUUCAGCAUGGCACAAAUGCUCGAAGCUGGCAGUUGGAAAUCAGGACGAGAGUUGGCUGCACAGAGAAGACCUGAGACAAAGUCAAGUCCGAUCUUGAUAAAAGGAGACGGCACAUUGUUCUGA